CGUGCCUUCGCGUCUCCGUGAUUGCCACGUUCGCUGCUCAGCCUGCUGCACUGCCGGCUUCUCGCUUAAUACGCACUGGGCCACUGGCUCACUGUUGAGUGAUAGAACGAGGAGGGAGGGAGGCUGGGAUUCGCACUGUGGAGAAGAAAUAAAUAACUUUGGUCGCUUUCCAUCGCUGGCGUUGAGAUCCGAGCGGCGAGUGCGCCAGGAGGAAGGAAUGGGAGAGGAAGAGAAAAAGGUGGAGCAGGCGAAGGUGGCGGCAGCGGGGGAGGAGGAGAAGCCGAAGGCGAAGGAGGAAAAAGCGAAAGGCGAGGGGAAGAAGAAGGAGGAAGAAGAUAAACGCGAGGGGAAGAAGGACGGAGGUGGUGGCGAGGGGGAGAAGAAGGAAGGAGGCAAGGAGGAAAAAAAGGCAGAGGCGGCGCCGCCGCCGCCACCGGAGGAGAUCGAGAUGCGCGUAUUCAUGCACUGCGAGGGGUGCGCGAGGAAGGUAAAGCGCAGCUUGAAGGGAUUCGACGGCGUGGAGGAUGUGACGGCGGACUGCAGAACCCACAAGGUGGUCGUGAAGGGGAAGAAGGCGGCGGAGGACCCCAUGAAGGUGGUGCAGAGAGUUCAGAAGAAGACCGGGAGGAAGGUGGAGCUGCUGACGCCGCUGCCUCCGGCGAAGCCGGAGAAGAAAGAGGAUGAACAAAAGGAAGAGGAGAAGCCAAAGGCGGAGGAGAAGAAGGAAGAGCCUCAAGUGAUCGAAGUGGUGCUCAAAGUCCACAUGCAUUGCGAUGCCUGCGCGCAAGAGAUCAAGAAGCGAAUCCUUAGGAUGAAAGGGGUAGAAAUGGUGGAGCCGAAUCUGAAAUCUUCCCAAGUAACCGUGAAGGGUGCGUUCGACCCGGCGAAGCUGGUGGAGUACGUCUGCAAGAGGACCGGCAAGCACGUGGCGGUGGCGCAGCAAGAGGAGGAGGAGAAGAAAGCGGAAGGCGAAAAGGGCGGCGGCGGCGGCGGCGGCGGCGGUAAGGACGCGACCAAAGAGGAGAAGGCCGAAAACAAUGCCGGGGGAGACAAUGCAGAGAAGAAAGAAGAGAAAGACGGUGGUGGGGGCGGAGCAUCGGUCGGGGACGAGAAGGAAAAGAAGGAAGGCGGCGGAGCGGCGGAGGAAGGGGCGCCGCCGCCUCCCAAGGCGAUGGAACAGCCGAUGAGAAACGAUUUCUACCAGUGCUACCCGAGGUACCCCGCCGGCGGAUACGUGGGAUAUCCCCCUCAGAUCUUCAGCGACGAGGACCCAAAUGCUUGCUCUGUAAUGUAAUCCACGAGUCGGGCAAAAAAACGGAGGUUAAAAAAUAGAUUAAUUAUUAAUGUGUAACAUCUUUCAAUCCAUCUCGGGGAAAAAAUUAUAAAUGCGUUCUGUUUUAAAAUCA